AUUGACCGGCGAGCGCGCUCGACGAGCUCGUGCGGUGCUCUCUCGCUGAAGACAGCCGUUAGUGCGGGCACGAGCGAGCGUAGCUACGAAAGAAGACGAGUGGUAAGUGUACGGGCGCUAUUAUUCGCGUGACACUCGUAUUGAAAAGUCUUUCAGAGUUGCGCGUAGUUUUUCUCGCGAGUCUUUUACUAACGCAAAAAAAAGGAAUAAGAGGAAGAAGAAAGAAAGAAAAGAAGGAAGGAAGAGGGAGAGACAAAUCGAAGCGGUAAGGUCUCCUUCGCGGUGCGAGAUCGAUAAAUGCGAGGACGUUACCGGAAACGAGACCCUCCGAAGCUAUUUUUUCAGUGAGGGGAAUAAAGUUUUGCGAAUCUUUGGUACUUGCUGAGCAGCACCUGUCGUUAUAUUAUUCUAUUUCGUUGAGAUAAAAAAAGAGAAAGGGAAAAAAAAGAGAAAGAGAAGAGAAGUCGAAGGGUUGAAGAAGAGGGAUGGAGGUCGACGAGUAGGCGUCCGAUCGAGCGGAAGCCUCCCUCUUGCCGUAGGUGCGAGGGAUGCGGAGAAGGCGGCCGUCGGCGGCGGCGAGUACGCGCCGCCGCGAUGGUGCCGCGCGAGGAGAAGAGAAGAAGAGUGAUCGUCGCGGCUGCUAUCUCUUGCGAGAACGUCCGAGGAUGUUGUCUUCUCUUCUCUGGUUUGUACAAUUAGCGAUGGAGCCUCUUCAAGAAGGAACCUGUCUUAGCUAAAACGCACUAGAGCCGCGUUCACGGCGAGUUUACGAAUAAUCGUGGUAAGGUGCACGACCAUGAAGGAACACGGGAGUAAGCAUUCGGCGGAAGCGCCUACGAAGACCCUUAAGUCUUUACUAAAGAAGCCCGGCCAAACGAAGGGCAAAACUCGGAAGAAUCGCGUAGUCAUUAAUGAGAAACUUAAUGAGUUCUUUGCCGCUGAUUAUAUUAUACUUAUAAAGGAAGAGUGUUGCGCUGAGUACGAGGAAGAUUGCGACUGUUGUUGUCAGGAGCACGAACUUAUACGGUUGGGCAAUUGCAAGGAGUGCCGGGCGGAAUUAAAUCUCCACUUUGGCGUCACGGAUGAUGGCCGUUACGGUAGCGCCGAUGGGGAGGUUGACGAGGAGGAGGAUGAAGAUGAGGACGAAGAAGAGGAUGCGAUCGACGAGGAAGAGGAGGACGACGAAGAGGACGUUGUUGACGUCGUAGCGGCCGUCAACGUUGCUGUCAAUGCCGCUGUUAACGUCAACGUCGGUAUCAAUACGAAUGACGUGGAAAAUCUCCAACAACAACAUCUGCGGACUGUAGAAGUUCGUAAGAAGGAUGAAGUCGAAGAGAUAGCAUGCGAACUCGAACCCGAUGCCGUCGAGCAUAAAGCCGAACUCGAAGCCGAACGCGAGCCGAAGGAGUUGGUUAAUCGGCAGGAAGUGCCGACGAUCGUUCCCGACGAUUGCGCUGACUCGACCGUUCGCGAAGGAGGCGAGCGUCAACAGGAGACUCUCAGUCCUCCAGAAGGCUACAAGGACGUUUGCGUCGAAGGUACUGCAAUUUUGGAGGACACUGGUCAUCCACCUCGACUUUUGCCACCACCAACCUGCAGCGACUGUGAUUAUUAUCACCGAAAGAAGACUGGUGCCCAAGAGCAAAUUAAGGUCAAUGGGACCGAUGCCGAACGCGAGGACGCUAUCGUUGAGAAUUUUAAAGAAGCAAACAAUCAAGUUCGAUCCUCUACGCCUAAUGAUUUGCAUCAUCGGUAUCUCGUCGAGACGAUAACGAUGACGACGGUUACGGAACGACGAAUAAUCCGAGAGAUCAGUGAGAACGAGAGGAAACUUUGUCUCGAUGAACUUGAUCUGGAACAAGAAAGACCAUCAAGCGAAAUUCCAAAACUGGAUGGAGUUUCAACGGACUCUUCGACUAUUACGACGAAUAAAGUUGAAAAUAUUUCGUCGAAUGUUUGCCGUGAAUGUGGCAAUGCGGAAACGAACGCGGAAACAGUCGAGGACAAUGAGAGAACGGAGAGUAUCGUUGGAAGUAAUAACAAAAAUGAAAACGAGGAACAAACGAUAGAUGAGGAUGACAAUAGCGAAUCAAAGGAAACUCUUCAAGAUGUUACGGAGCUAUCACUAACAUUUAAACUUGGUAACUUGGCGACUAAUAGUUUGAAACCAAAUUCAGCUGUGAGACAACUCUUUCCCAAUCCGAGAUUCAUCUCACCACCACCGGCACCUCUGAACAAAUCCGUCUCAUUAGCCGAUUCUGAAAGUACCUAUUCCGAAGCUCAAAAGUUUCUCAUCACCGCAGAGAAUUUACGGCUGUUCGAUACAACGAAGAGAUCAGCGAAAACGACUACGCGUAGCGAGUCUUGUGAAAGCGAACCAAGUAUGAUAAAGAGGACAAUAGAGAGAAACACGUUAAGAAGAAGUUUGAUUGGCAAGUGCAAUGCAACUACGAGAAAAAAGAAUCUCAGAUCGAAGGAUUUGUCUUUAGAGGAACGAAUCAGACAACUGACUUGUGUUGAUCAGGACGAGGAUGUUACCGAAGAGUCUUCAAAGAGUACAGAACUUGUUUUAGAUCAGGAUAAUGAGAGGUUGGAAUUCUCCAUGCGAACUUCACCAUCUGGCGAGGAACAACCACCAAUCGAACGAUUUUCUCAAAAGGUUGCUACAUUGACUACAAUGACAACGUUACCGAUGACAACGACCACGACGACGAUGGUGCCGAUGGUGACGAACAUAGCGACCAUAUCAACACCAACGACGUUGCCGGCGACAAUGGCAAAUGUUCAUAAUUCGAAGAAUACCCCAUUGAUGGAUACUACGCCAAAUCAAUCGACUUACAGGAAGAUUACCGAUCUUUUCGCGUACAAGAAAAAUACCGAACCAAAUUUACCGGAUCUUGGUAUUGGUAAUAACGGUAGAGGUACUUUGGUUAAAGAAUGUCAAUCAAAAAAUUCUUUAACGAAAAUGAAUUCCGAGGUGAGAAGACAGUUUUUAGCUAGUCUCGCUCCACUCUCUUGCGUCACCAUGAAUAACGCGGACACUCGUGAGGAUUAUUACAGAAUUGAGCCAAGAAUUGCGACAAAUGUAAAUAGCAACUCGAUAAAUCACCUGUCCGAUUCAGCUUACAGCUUGGAGGAUAUCGAGACGGCACUGAACAAAAAUCGUGCUAGUGCACCUGAUGUUACGAGAGGUACACCGGUCGGUAAUAGGCCAGAUAUAGGUGAGAACUCAGCCGACGAGUUGCUUGCUUUCGUGGAACAAGAUAAAUCCAGGAUGGAACGAAUAAAGCGACGUUAUAGCGAGAAUGAGGAACGUCAUAGUCUCGUUAAUGGUGUUUUAGGAGAUGAAAAGAUGAUGAGUAGUAUGACCAGUAACAACGAACAGAUUCAUGAGGAAGACCAUGGUGAAGAAGAUGACCAGGAUGACGAACUCAACGACUACGGUUUCAACAGACGUCCGCCUGUUCGAGGUAUCAAACCUCUGUUUGGUACUACUAAUGAGAUCGUUCAUCAACUUCGUUCUCGAAACGUAGUCACAAAUGACUUUAAUGAUGUGAGAGAGACAUUUGCCACGGCAUGGCCGUUGCACUACGAUAAGAAUGGCGACAGAAUCGAUGGUAAAAAUCCGGCGAACGUGUACGAUAUGAUGCCGAAAGAAGAUACAAACACGAUCGAUCGAAUAAACAGUAUGCAAAAACAAAUCGACGACAUUUAUCAGACCAUUGUGGAGACCGCGGUGACUCAAGGCAAUCUCGAUCGUGUAACUUACUUAGAAAAUACAUUGCCACGUCCAUUGGUUAGAAUACCGCCGACCGAUGGUAUCUCACAUCAGUAUCCCGAACAGAAAAACGGUCAGAAUUAUUUCGCGGAGAAGCAUCAGCCGACGAACGUUCGUAUGUUGCGUAUCGCGGGUGGCGGCGAUGAAACAGCACCAGCUACGAAUUAUGCAUCGACUCUACCGGCUAAAAUUCGUCGGUAUCCAUCAACGACGAUCCCCAAUUAUCAUUGCAAUGUAGUUUCACCAACUGCGGCAUCCAGCAGCGGUGGUACUAAGUGCUAUCGCACGAUGUAUUUCGUGCCAUACAACGGUCUCUCGGAUCCGACAUAUCAGAACAUUCAACGGAUCUUACCACCCCAUUCAUCGCCUAAUUACGCGACCCACAUCGAGCGUUAUCCUUAUCCUCGGCAGACAAAGAUUGAUAGCCCGCAGCAACAACCGCAACAGCAGCAACAGCAACCACAACAGCAGCAGCAGCCACAGCAACAUCAGCAGAGGUACUACCCACGUCCCUUGGCGCCAAAUACCUAUUUAGCAUCUCAACCAUUUCCUGAUUCCGCUCCACCCAAUUGUCUUCCUUCCCAAGCACCUCAGCAGACACUCCAGUUGCACCUACAUCAACUAUCAUCCGUUCCUCACGCCGCUGUUCAUCCUAUCCAAUUUCAACAUCGACAACAUCAUCAUCAAAUCGCAUCAUAUCACCUACAAUCGGUAUUACCACCACCACCACCACCUCCAUCAUCUUACACGGUGAUUGCACCACCUAGAUGCUCCUCCACGGCUACAGCCGCCCAUUCGACCAACCCAGCCUAUCAUCUCUAUCAAAUACCACUUGGUCGAACAUCCGCUACUGUUGCUACGGCCGCUGCAGCAGCUGCUGCAGCAGCCGCAGCGGCAGCAGCUGUGAAUGCCACGGACGUACAAACUCAAACCGUCUCGGCGUCCUCCUCAACUCCUUUGUCCGUACCUGUUACUUCCUUUAAACCCAUCUGCGAUGUACGUCUCUCUGCGGGUUUUUCUGUUAAUGAUCAACAAGGAAACGUUAAUAUCGGUGGUCCUCUUUCGGCAUCUUCCUCGUCUUCUUCCUCGGCAUUAUCUUCACCUACGAAACAACAACAACAACAACAACAACAACAACAACAACAACAACAACAACAACAACAACAACAACAACAACAACAACAACAACAACAACAACAGCAGCAGCAGCAGCAGCAGCAGCAGCAACAGCAGCAACAACAACAACAACAACAACAACAACAACAACAACAACAACAACAACAACAACAAUUAGUGAAUAACUCGUGUAGCGUCGCGGAACGCGGUGUACCGGAAGGUGCAGCUAGUGCACCCUCUCACGAUUUUUCUCAGCCACCACAACAGUCUCACCAUCAUCAACUCACUUCUCCAACUCCGGCUCUCUCUCAAUCGACGACCACCUCGAUGUCCCACUUACUCCUCGUGUCAAACUCUUACGGCGGGCAUCGUGCCAAUACCCUAAACCCGCCUACCGACUCUCAAAACUCCGUGUAUUAUGCGAUGAACGUUUAAAGGGGCAACGUUUUUGACCAACUUCACGGCUGGACUCGAGACUUGGUCCCUUUUAGUCAGUGACGGAGAAACACACACACUCAUAGAUACACACGUAUACAAACGUACACUUAUACAUAUGAAAAGGGACAUGUAAAGAGAAGAAGAGGGAUGCAGGCGAAAUUAGCUCGCAUCGACGAUUCCUUUUCUUUGAUGUGGUGGAAAGUGACGACAGGUAUGUAGAAAAAAAAGAGAGAGAGAGAGAGAGAGAAUGUGUGUGUGUGUGAAUGAGAAGAACACGAGAUUAUCGUGCGAGAAAAGCAGGACGGCGGCCUCUUUCCGUGUUCGUAAAUGAACGACAGGCUUGAUUGUUGAAAGGCGAUACGACUCGUUGAUUCUCUUCUACGCGAUGACGAAUACGACGAUGUCGAUGACGAUGGAAGCUGGGUACUCGAGUACCAUAGUAUUCUCCUCUUCUUUCUAUACUCUUCGUAUCUUCGCUUUGUGUUUCAUAUAUUCGUGAUAGAAGGGCAAGGUGACGGCAAAAUUAUGCGAUCUUUUUGAUGAAAUCUCUUUAAAAAAUAGACAGGAUUCAGUCUACGUGUUUUUACACUAUAUAUUACAAAUAUUUUGAUUAUAUAUGCGUUGCCAUACUUUUGUUCUUCUGAACAUUUCAAUGUUUAUGUAUUACUAAUACUAUACUAAACUUCUUAUAAUUGAAUCUAUCAUUUGUUUUUCGUUAUUAUCGAAUGAACGAGUCUAAUGAUAAAAGAAAAGAAAAACAAAAAACAAUAUUUUUCUAACUUACAC